AUGGGCUUUCAACCCCGCCUUUUGGUGGUCACUGAUCCAAGAGCUGAUCAUCAGCCACUGACUGAAGCAUCUUAUGUAAGCAUUCCCACCCUUGCUUUGCGCUAUAAAGAUUCUCCCCUACGUUAUGUGGAUAUUGCUAUUCCCUGCAACAACAAGGGAGCUCACUCAGUUGGUCUGAUGUGGUGGAUGUUGGCUCGAGAAGCCCUUCGAAUGUGUGGCACUAUUUCCCAUGAGCAUCCAUGGGAUGUUAUGCCUGAUCUCUAUUUCUACCGAAAUCCCAAAGAGAUUGAAAAAGAAGAACAGGCUGCAGCUGAUAAGGCAGUUACCAAGGAGGAGUUCCAGGGUGAAUGGACAGCACCUGCCCCUGAAUUCACUGCACCUCCACAACCAGAGGUGUCUGAUUGGACUGAAGGGGUACAAGUGCCUUCCAUCCCAAUUCAACCUUACCCCCCUGAGGACUGGAGUUCACAGACUGCCACUGAAGACUGGUCUGCAGCUUCCACAGCUCAGGCUACUGAGUGGGUUGGUAGUGCCACAGAACGGUCCUGGUUAAGCAAUAGCAAUUCAAGAAUUACAAUUGAAGAAUAA